GCGAACUCCCGCAGAAGAAGCGCCAUCCCAAUCAUGGCGUGGCGCGGCGCGCGCGGUUUCGAAAUCAUCCGAAAAAUUUCGAAUCCCUCGACAGCCACGAGAAGGAAAGAAGGAUGGUUCUAAUCCUCUUCUUCGCCCACCCACACUCACGCACUCUCUCCUUCGAUGGAUUCAAAGAAACUCUCCCUCGCUCCCUCUCCAAAUCUCCUCUCUCCCUGACCUCUACACCGGGUCUCCUUUGAUGCUCACCGCCAAGUCUUGGUACUCCCGCUGGCCUUCUGAAAGAUCUAAGAUUGAGGUCAGAGAUCAGGAGUGAUUUGCUAGGAUCAGGUGAUUAUAUUCCAAAUUUCCCAGCAAAAUCAGUUAUUCCCGGUCUCCAGAAUCCAUAUUAAGAGCCAUGGUGAGGGAGCUCCGAGUCGAAUCCUUCUACGCUCGCCUUCGUGAUGCUGCCUUGGCCUCCUCCUCUUCCCCGCUUCUGGUAUUCCCUUCCGCCUCCGACGCCGACUCCCUCUGUGCCCUCAAGAUCGUAACCCAUGUCCUCUCGUCCGAUUCAAUUCGCUACUCGGUGUACCCUGUCUCCUCAUUCAGUGACGUCGACAAAUUUGUCGGCCUCAAUCGCCGGUCGUCGAAUCAGCCGCUUACUUUGCUCUUCAUAAACUGGGGCUGCCACCGCGACCUGCGCCGGUUCUUGAGCCUUGGGCCUGAGGUUCAUGUCUUCAUCAUCGAUAGCCACCGCCCGGUCCACCUCCACAACCUCAGCGAGCAAAACGAACAGGUUGUCGUUCUUUACACUCAGGAGGAUGAGCACCAGGCCGAUCUGGCUUAUGAUUUCGAUGUCUCCGCAUUGGCCAAUGCGUCUGAUCUGAACAGUGAUGACGAGAUUGAUGCGAACUCUGACGAUGAGGACAGCGAUGACCACAACGACCAAGAGGUCGAGGGAGGAAACAGAAAGCGUCGAAGGGUCUCUAAGGAUUCAGAACCUGACCCGAUUAAGCUCUUUGGGAAACUCAAGUCGGAGUACUAUAAGUUGGGUACUUUCCAUGGAAAGCCAUCUGGUUGCUUGUUGUUCGAGUUAGCACAUUCCCUGAGAAAGAACACAAAUGAACUGCUAUGGUUGGCCUGUGUCUCGCUUACCGAUCAAUUUGUGCAUGAAAGGCUAACCAAUGAGAGGUAUCAAGCUGGGGUCAUGGAACUUGAACAGCAUAUAAACAGCUCAGGAAAUCUGGAUGCUGUCAGUUCGGUUACACUCAAGGAUGGUACAAAGAUCCAGGCACCAGAGAAUUCUCGAAUUGCAUAUGAAGAUGAGCCCAGGCUGAUGCUAUUGAGGGAGUGGAAUCUGUUCGAUUCAAUGCUGUGCUCUUCCUACAUAGCAACCAAGCUGAAAACUUGGAGCGACAAUGGCCUGAAAAAACUCAAGCUUUUGCUAGCCAGAAUGGGGUUCCCUCUUGUUGAUUGCCAGAAGAAAUUUCAGUACAUGAGCAUGGAAGUGAAGCAAAAGAUGAAGGAUGAGUUCGAGAGAUUCUUGCCAGAGUUUGGCUUAACUGAGUUCUAUUAUCGUAGCUUCUUGAGAAUACAUGGGUAUUGCACGAAAGUUUCAGCUGCUGAUGUAGUGUAUGGUGUCACAGCAUUGCUCGAGUCAUUUGCAGCAGAAAAAGAUUCAUCGGCUGCUGAGCAAUUUUGGGUUGCUUACUCUGCCUUGUCCUUGAACAAUAUCGAUCAACUUAGAAAGGGCAUGCAAAGUGCAAUUGAGAUUCAGAGAGCUAUUCUCAGGCAAGGAAGUUCUGCAAUUACUAAAACUGGUUUCAUCAGAAGUUACAGGAAGUUUCGCUGGGUGAGGCUUGAAGAUCCUGUUGACACCCUGCGGUUGGGUCAUCCCCAGGCACUUACCAAGUUCUGCUAUUUCUUGAUGGAUGCACUAAAGGAAAGAGGGGCGAAAAUGAAGCCACUAGUCUGUGCUUGCUUGGGUAAACAACCUGACAAAGUUCUCAUUGUUGGUGUGUGUGUGAAACCCCGUCUUGGGGCCAUCCAGGGUAACUCAUUCGGAAUUGCUUUUGGAACCGCAGCUGAAGAAAUUGGAGCUGAAUUUUCUCAUGAGCUGUUUGAAUCUUCUUGGAUAAUUUUGGAUACAGUAGUUUUAAGUUCUUUCAUGGUCAGAUUAACUGAAAAAAUCUGAUGUCUUCUUAGUGCAAUCUGUAACAAUUCACUGAUAUUAAAUGCCAAAUUGGACAUCCACUUUUUCUUUGUGAUGCUGGACCUGAACUAUUCAUUUUCUUUGGAUCAAGUAUAUAACAUCUUUUGCGAAUUCUAGCUC